AUGAUAGUUAAAAAAGUACCAGAAAGAGAAAAUAAGACAAGAAAAAAAGAAAAAAGAAGGCAUGAUAAAGAAAAUCAAGCACCUGCACCUACUAUUCUGAUGAUUUGGUGUCUUGUUAAUGAAGAUCCUCUUGCAGCUACCUUUCCUGUCAAUAUUUCAGAUAGCAGGACUAUUGGACAUCUUAAAGAUGUCAUUAGAAAAAAUAUUAAUGCUCCUGACAAUGUGACCUUGAGUUAA